UGGAUGGAGGCCUCGGCCCCUGGCCGGGCGCGGCGGCGCUGGCGAGGGGCUCGGAACGCGGGCUCCCCGCUCGCCAGGGCCGCUGUCAUCCUCUUUCUCUCCGCCUUUCUGGUGCGGGCGCCCGAGUCAGUUGGAUAUUUGGUUCGAUUGCCAAGAGGUUUUCGCUUGAGUCAAGAUUCGUCGAAAAUAGUGGGAUCAGCCAGUUCCCCAGUAAAAGUAUAUGUCAUGCUCCAUCAAAGGAGCCCACAUGUGUUAUGUGUAACUCAACGACUGCGAAAUGCUGAACUGAUAGAUCCAUCAUUCCAAUGGCAUGGACCAAAAGGAAAAAUUAUUUCAGAAAACAGCACUGCACAAAUAACAUCCACAGGAAGCCUUAUAUUUCAGAACUUUGAGGAGAGUAUGAGUGGAGUUUACACAUGUUUCCUCGAGUAUAAACCUACUGUGGAAGAAAUUGUUAAAAACCUUCAACUAAAAUAUGUUAUGUAUGCUUAUCGUGAGCCUCAUUAUUUUUACCAGUUCACAGCUCGAUAUCAUGCAGCUCCCUGCAAUAGUAUCUAUAAUAUUUCUUUUGAGAAGAAACUUCUUCAGAUUUUAAGCAAACUGGUUCUUGACCUAUCAUGUGAAAUUUCCUUACUUAAGUCGGAAUGCCAUCGUGUUAAAAUGCAGAGAGCUGGUUUACAAAAUGAAUUGUUCUUUACAUUUUCAGUUUCAUCUCUAGAUACUGAAAAAGGACCCAAGCCAUGUACAGAUCGUAAUUGUGAAGCUUCUAGCAGAUUAACUAAGGCUAAAAAUCUCAUAGAGAGAUUUUUUAAUCAACAAGUAGAGGUUCUUGGCAGACGUGCAGAGCCAUUGCCUGAAAUAUACUAUAUUGAAGGUACUCUCCAAAUGGUUUGGAUUAAUCGCUGCUUUCCAGGUUAUGGAAUAAAUGUCCUGCAACAUCCCAAAUGUCCUGAGUGCUGUGUGAUCUGCAGCCCUGGAUCGUAUAACCCCCGUGAUGGAAUUCACUGCCUUCAGUGCAAUAGCAGCAUGAUGUAUGGAGCAAAAGCGUGCAUAUAGGCUAAUAUCUUAAGUUAUUCAGUGGUUUAUUAAUCACAAAAGUCUAUUUUUGAAAUAUUAGUAUAUAAUAAAUACCUAUUAUGCCAAAAUUAAAUAUAUCAGAUUUUACAAAAGUGGUGUCAUCAUUUUAAUCAAAUAAUGUAUGUCCAAAUGUUUUGUGAGGUUGAACACUCUGUAAUCCUAGUUCAUUAAUGAGAGAGUUACACAUGAUUCCAAAAUAUCUCUUGUACUGCUGCAUUUUACAUAGUGUUUCAAAUAUAUUAUAUUGGGUUAGCUCAGAAGAUUUUUCAGGACUUUUCCAAAAUAUUCCAUGUUACCUUUAUAGUAUGUUCAAUAGAUUCGGGCUACCAUAUUUUUCUGUAAUAAUUUAAAUUUCAAUUUGUUUCAU